GAAAGCAGGGAAGCGGCGAGCUGCAGCGCUCGCUCAGGAUCAGAUAGCAGGGAAACCAAUAGCAGCGAGAAAGGAGGCAGGAAAAAAAACCGGCAGAAGAAAACCAACCCACAUCAACCAACCAACCCACCCACCCUGCACGCUGGGGCUGAACCAGGCAGGUCCCUGCCAACUCCACAGCACGCAGCAAGCAGGGAAGAAGUCCACCCUCCCCGGGCAGGAGCGGAGUUGAGCCCGAGAGGAUAUUUGAUGACACUUUGGCGACGAUGGGUCCCCCAGCAUCUUCCAGAGCCCGUUUGUGGCUGAAGGCUCUGAAAGCGCAGAGGGAGUUUGAAGCGAAAUUCACCUGAGUCUGGAUCUUUUGCUCGCUGGGAUUUAUCUGUUUUUAUUCUUUAUUUCCUCCGGGGGGUGGCAGGGGGAAACCAAACCAAGAAAAACAAACGUGUGGGGUUUAUUUUUUUAUUCAGAAUCUCCCCCUUUUACAUUUUUUUUUUUUUAUUUAAUUUUUGUUUUUCCCUUUUGGAAGAAGAUACGUUUAUUAUUUCCACCCCCCCCCACCGCCCCCCCCACUACCAGUGGUUGGAAUGGAGGGGUUGGGUCUGUGCCUAAGAAGCAGCAGCCGAACGUCGGUCCUGGAAGAAACCCGAGUGGAUCUGGGGUCCCCCGCCAGCUAACUCUCCAGGACCUGCAGCCCCACGGCCGGGGCGGGGGGGCACGGCUGGAUGCAGUGAGAGAGCCUCUCACGGGAUCAGCGUGCUGACGUGGCAGCCAAGACGUGGAAGCUUGGGACUCCUCUUCCACCGCAACAGAACUUGGGGGGUGGGCAGGGGUGGGCCAGGGGGACGCUGGGUGUCACAGGACCCUUCACCUUCACUGUGGGCUUGGCUCAGGGAUGACUGCCGGCAGAGUCAACCCUUACAGCAUCGUGUCCUCCGAGGAAGACGGGCUGAGGUUGACAACCAUGCCAGGCAUCAACGGCUUUGGCAAUGGGAAAAUCCACACCAGGAGGAAAUGCAGGAACAGGUUUGUAAAGAAGAACGGCCAGUGCAACGUGGAGUUCACCAACAUGGACGACAAGCCGCAGAGGUACAUUGCGGACAUGUUUACCACGUGCGUUGACAUCCGCUGGAGGUAUAUGCUCUUGCUCUUUUCCUUGGCGUUUCUAGUGUCCUGGUUGUUGUUUGGGCUGAUUUUCUGGCUCAUUGCACUCAUUCACGGAGACCUGGAAAACCCAGUUGGAGAUGAUACCUUCAAGCCUUGCGUUCUGCAGGUCAAUGGCUUUGUGGCUGCUUUUCUGUUCUCCAUCGAGACCCAAACGACUAUUGGUUAUGGCUUCCGCUGCGUGACGGAGGAGUGCCCGCUCGCCGUCUUCAUGGUGGUGGUUCAGUCCAUCGUGGGGUGUAUAAUUGACUCUUUCAUGAUUGGUGCAAUAAUGGCAAAGAUGGCCAGGCCCAAAAAACGGGCCCAGACUUUGCUUUUCAGCCAUAACGCGGUAGUGGCAAUGAGAGAUGGAAAACUCUGCCUCAUGUGGAGAGUUGGGAACCUCCGGAAAAGCCACAUAGUAGAAGCCCACGUACGAGCUCAGCUAAUUAAGCCCAGGAUCACAGAAGAAGGGGAGUACAUACCCCUUGACCAAAUAGACAUCGACGUGGGGUUUGAUAAAGGCUUGGACCGUAUCUUCUUGGUGUCUCCCAUCACCAUUCUCCACGAGAUCAACGAAGACAGCCCCUUGUUCGGGAUCAGCCGCCAGGACUUGGAGACGGACGACUUUGAGAUCGUGGUCAUUCUGGAAGGCAUGGUGGAAGCCACCGCUAUGACAACGCAAGCUCGGAGCUCCUACCUGGCCAGUGAGAUCCUCUGGGGCCACCGCUUCGAGCCAGUCUUGUUCGAGGAGAAAAACCAGUACAAAGUAGACUAUUCCCACUUCCACAAAACCUACGAGGUCCCGUCCACCCCCCGCUGCAGCGCCAAGGACUUGGUGGAGAACAAAUUCCUGCUGUCCAGCACCAACUCCUUCUGCUACGAGAACGAGCUGGCCUUCAUGAGCCGCGACGAGGAAGAGGAAGACGAUGACAGCCGGGGUUUGGAGGAACUGAGCCCAGACAACAGGCACGAGUUCGACAGGCUGCAAGCCACAAUAGCAUUGGAUCAGCGGUCAUACAGGAGGGAGUCGGAAAUAUGACUCUUGGUCCUUCCAUUGACUUUUCCGAGGGUAUUUUUUUUCCUCCUCUAAUCUCUUCCCCUAAAACCCGCUCCAAUUAUGCAGAACAAUGCAAGUGCCAUAGGAAUGCUUGAGAAAUUAGUAUCGUUCAUAGUGUUCAGUUUCAUCGCAAUAACCACUGAGCGGUCUGCAGGAGGGGACGGCGGCAGGGCCACGGCGCGGCUCCCGCGCCCGGUGCCCGCGGUGGGGCCGGUGGCUCUGGGGGGAUAGAUGGAUAGAUGAUGGAUGGGUGGAUAGAUGAUGGAUGGAGAGUUGGGUGGAUGGAGAGAUUGAUGGAUGAUGGAUGGAUGGAUGGAUGGAUGGAUGGAUGGAUGGAUGGCGAAGGUCAGUGGGGUGCGGGAAGGCGCUCGCCCCAUGUGCCCCCAUGGGGCUUUGCUCUCCUUGCAGGGAAAGCGUUUUCUUGGACCCGAGAUCCAAAAAGAGGAAUUAUCAGGAAACAAAUCUUUCUCUUUUACUUUUUUUUUUCCUUUCAUUUUUAACUGAGCAGCAACAACAGCAACAAAAUUGCUCCUUCCAACAGGCGGUCGGGUUCAGUUGCACAAGAACAACACUUGAAAUACCAUGCAACAUUAACGUACUGCUUUUUAAUUUGGGGAAUAAAAGGGAGGGGAGUGAGAGGUGAGAGAGUUUUUAAUUUUUUCACUGAAACUCUUUGGGAGACUGUUUACCAAAAUAAUAAUAAUAAUAAUAAUAAUAACAAUAAUAAUAAUAAUAUUAAAUCUGAACAAAGUCAUCCGGUAUUUUAUACAAAUGAACUAGGGAAUGAAUAAGCCACCAGGGUCCUUUGAGGGGGUGACUUGCUGGGCAAGAUUUAAGAGCUAGAAGUCAAGACUGCAUCCAAUUUUGGGGUGGUUUGUUUGCCACUGGCAAUGGCUUCAUAGGUAGAAAACAGACGUAAGUGACUGGAGGUCUGUGGAAGCAAAAGCAAGUGGCAUAAUGACUGGCAAAGGGAAGUUCAAACCAGAGAGAGAGAAGCAUUGCAAACACAGCGAUGAGCCAGUUUCAGGAAAUGCUGAUCUUCAGGGUGGAAAUGGGGCGUGCGGCAUCAGCUGCUGAAGCGUUGGGUCUCCCCCAGCAUCUCCGAUGGGGAAUUCAUGAGUUUCGCCGUAACUGGGACAAAACAGUGAAAAGCACAAAAAGGAGAGUGGAAAGCUCUCAAGAUUGGGUAUCCCCCGCCCCCCUUUUCCAACCAAUUUGGUAUUUUCGCCUUUGAAAAACUCAUUUCAAACGUGGAAACCAAUGUGACAGUCAUCUUGGUGGGUUGCACUUCUUCUAGCACAGGAGCUGUCCCUGUGCCAGGCUGGGAUUUAAGAAUUCCCCAUUCACCGGAGAGUCCUGCUUCAGAGGCAGAUGCUUUCCCUAAACCAACUGAGGCCAGACAAAAGCAACCACCCUGUCUAGCACUUCAACCCGUCCCUGCGUCCCAGCCUUGAGGUGGAUUGUGCCUUAGAGAUGCAAACUCAUCCCACACCAAGCCCUCCUCUGCGGUAUCCUGCUUCCCUGCUUGCAUCCCUCCCCGGGGUGAUGCCCCCUUUGCUCUGCCUCUGUGGCAGUGUCCUCAUCCCACUGUCUGCUGUGGUUUAGGCUGGCCUUGGUGGCACGCUGGUUUAGCUUUUGCUAAGGCAAAGCAACCCCAUGCAUGGGAAGCCUUGGCUCCUGCCCUGUUCCCUGCCUUUGCAAGAGGGAAGGAGCUGGAACAGGCAGGUUGCGUUCCCUCCAUCCAGGCUGUGCUGCUCAUUGGUGCUCUGGGAGCCAAAAUCUGGCUCCCUGCUCCCUGUGGCUGUGGGAAAGGCUUUGGUAUCCACAGGCAUCCCACACCCAACCCUGGGUGUGGAGCCCGAUAGCACCCAUCCUUAGGGAUAAGGCGUUGAGAGCCGGGUCCCUGUCAGUGUGACAGGUUCCCGGUGCUUCUCUCCCCAAGGCCCACAUCAGGAAAGCCGUGUCCUGGCAUUACAUCUUGCUGUGGCAUGUCCAAACCUCGGUGGCAAAGGCAAGAUUUGUCCUGUGUCCUCAUCCCCAUCUUGUAAAGGGCUCUGGGGAGCAGCUUCCCCAGUGCCCCCCACUUCCCUGUGUCCCCAAGCAUCGCAUCUCACCAUUCGGCUGCGGGAAAGGGACCGGGAUAUCAUCCCUGCAGUUCCUAACAGCAUCCAUCACCACCACCACCCCACACUGCCCACCAUGGGGCUGCCCUAAAAGCCAGCCACUGGGAGAAAACAUCCCCGGGGCUAGCACUGGGAGCCCCAAAAGCAGGGACACACAGGGAUACGCCAUUGAGCUCUGGCCACAACAUACAUGUUUCUAAGGCAGGGAACGCGGAUGCCAUCCCAUCACCGAUCCCUUUGCUCCUGGGGGGCAUGGUUUUCCCACCUGCUUUUUGCACCAUAGCAUCCAGGGGGUGGGAACGAUGGAAAAGGGGGGGCAGAGAGACUGUGUGUGCUCACUACCUAUUUAUUUUUUUAAGAAGAUGCUUUUAAGUGGUUUAGGUUCUUUUGAAUAAAUACUUAUUAUUAUACAAACAAAAGGUGCACAUCUUGCUGCUGUAGGGUUCUCAGAGGGUUCCUUUCUUUAUAAAUAUAUAUAUAUAUCUCACAGUAAAUAUUUGUAUAAAACAACAGAAGGAAAAAAUAGAGAUGUCUUUAAGUAAAUUAUUGCUUUUAAAGAAACUUCUAUGACUGUACAGUGUUACCUGGGAGAAUAGAAUAAUAUAUACAGAUGUAUUUUUAAACUGCUGCGUAGGAAGAUGUGAACCAGGCCGGGAAGUGCCCAUGGAUGGGGGGUUCGGACCCUUCCCGGCCCCUGUUCACAUACCCCCUUUCCCAUUCCCCACUAGUGAGGAUCUAGCUCUGGCGAGUUGUCAUAUAUAUACUGUAUAGUCCUCGUCCUGGCCAUGGACCACGCUGGUACAUAGUGUAUAAACCUUAUUUUUGCCUACCUGUGAGUGCUCUGAGCUAUUGGUCUUCUUUCUCACCAUCAGGGAGCAUUGGGGCAGCUGCCCAGGGAGGGUUGGAAUCACAUGGGUUGUUAAAGAAUGAAGGAGGGGAGUGGAAAAAGGCCCCCAGGUGGUGUUUGUUUGGCACUUGGGUUCCAAUGAGGGGUUGGAAAGGCACAGGGAUGCUCGCGGGGUGUGGGGUUUAGUGUUGGUCACCCAAGGGAUGGAGCGGGAUCCCGGUGGGAAGGGGAUUAGAGGAAAGCAGGGGGACAUGCUCCCCUUGAACCAGCCAUCAGCCAUGUCCUCCAAGCCGAGGCCGCUGCAUCCAUGGAGUUAACUCCAGCGUUACACUUGAUCCUUGGAGGAUGGCAGGAGGCCGAGAAAGGCAAGAGCCGCUAAUCCUCUUGGCCAGCAUCCCAUAGGGAUUGCCCUCGGCUGGGGCUUGGAGCAGCCUCCAGCACCAGCCAUGGGGACCAGGAGCUGGACCCGCUGCUGCUCCCGCUUGGCUUCACCCCCCCGAAAUACACCAGUGAGAGCAGAAAGCAGCCGCAUCCCUGUGCCCCAAACCCCCUGGAUCGGAAGAGCAUCCUCUGCCCAUGGGAGACCCGGGCAGAAGAUCCCCAGGGCUGGAAGCCGUUGGGAUGAGCCUUAGCUUCUCAUAACGGAAUUUAGUGCACUUAGUCUUCUUUUAGGGCUGGGACAAUCACUUAGUGCUUAACCUUUUGCGAUUCGGUGCCUGCUUGACCUUCAAACCUUUUGUAGGAGAUGAAUCCAGAGCCACCUUUUCUAUCUUUAAUAAGGCAGAACAAAUACGGUUAUUUUUAAACCCUCCUGCUCUUUCCUUUCCUCUCGUGCUGACAACCAAAAGAAUCCCCAGUGUGUUUCCCCUCCAUCUUCCGUUUCUUUCACACUGAAAUGAGUGUAUGGCAGCCGGGUUUGGCAUUCCAGCUGGAUCCUGCUCUCUUAACCACCCCCCCCCCCCCCAAAUUCAGGAAUGCUGCCACGGUGGGGUUGGCACAGGGCAGGAUCUGGCUGUGUUAUGAGCAGGGAGGGGACAUGAGGACAGUGCCCAACCUGAUGCCACCCAUCGCUGAGCACAUCUGUGCUGCUGCCCGCUCCUGGGGCUCCAUCAUCCCCCCCAAAACACCCUGGUGCUCCCACAGGCUUGAUCCCACAGGGUUUGGGGACCGAGACCCAGCGCCAGUUCACACGGGCAGGUUGGCAACUGGGAGCACUGGUUUCCCAGGGGUAAAAGGGCGAGUCGCUGGGGCGACGGUGACGCGCAGCCAUAGAUGAGCUGAUGGAUGCAAUGAAGUAUCUGUACCUUUUCCACCUCUGGUGUUUCUCUGUCUCAUUGCACAUAUAUUUGAGAUAUAUGUGUCAAUGUAUAUAUAUAUUUGUAAAAUGUAUUUCAGAUGACAAAACUGGCCAAUUUUAUGUUAUUUUAAAUAUAUUAUAUAUAUUAUAUAUAAGAGUCUCCAAAAGAUAUAAAUAGACUAGAGAAAAUAAUAUAAAUAUGUAAUAAAUGUAUUUUGAUCUAUUUAAAA